AGUUUGUGUGUAUGUAAUUUUGUUUUUGCUCCGGUCAGUUCGGGUCUCGGUUCUCUGGGUCAGCAGCUCCGGUAACUCUGCCCCUGAUUCGGUUCUGUAACAGUUGACUCAGCUCCAGUAUCUCCUUCAUGGAGGACCCGUGAGGUUCGGCCCGGACCGGAGCAGAACUUUCUGCGGGGGUGACAUCACAGCGUGAUGCGUUCCGAUGGAGGAGGCGGAGCCAAGCCGCUACGUGACCCAGCUGAGGGCGGAGUUUGACAGCUGCGACUCCACGGCAACGGGUUUCCUGGACCGGGAGGAGCUGACCGAGCUGAGCAGGAAGCUGCAGCUGGACGCAUAUCUGCCACUGCUGCUGGACACGCUGCUUGGGGAGCGGCCCCACGGCAGGGUGAACUUUGAGGAGUUUAAGAACGGCUUGGUGGUGGUUCUGUCCCACUCUCUGGACUUCAGCACCUCAGAGGAUGACAGCAGCUACCUGGUGCCAGCCAUCCCUCAGGAGGUGAAGCCAAAGUUUGUAAAGGGAGCAAAGCGUUAUGGCCGCCGCUCUCGACCCGAAACCCAGUCCAGUACCAGCCUGGACUCGACCCCGACCAGAACCAAACCCAUGGACCUGAACUUGGACUCGUCCCCGCCUGGUGUCCACAGGGCCAAACUGAGACGGUCCACAUCUCUGGAGAGCGUGGAGAGCCUGAAAUCUGAUGAAGAGACAGGAAGCAGCAGGUUGGACCAGCAGCUCUUUCACAAUAAAGCAGAUCAGCAGCAGGACGCAGGAGGAAGAGCAGGAGGAUGUGAUGUGGCUGCAGUGUGUGAUCACCUGGACCUGCAGGAAGCUCUGCUCCAGCGAUUAGAUGCUAACCGAGAUGCUAACCUGGACGCUAACCGGGAUGGACGGGUUGCCAUCAGGAAGGUUCUGUGGAGCUCCACCCCCACGCUAAGCUCCACCCCCAUCCGGUCAGCUGACCUGCAGAGGGCGCCACUCUGGAACCAGCAGCUGGUACCGGACGGCUCGGCCCGCUCCCUGAUCACAGCCACUGUGGGCCCCAGGGUUCUGACCCGGCUGGACGACGGGUCUGGCGGCACCAGCCCGGAGCGCGUGGCGGCGCUGUGGGCCGAGGCGGGCAUCAGGAACAGCCAGCAGAUCCUGCAGAGCCUGGACUUCCCCCUGGAGGAGCGGCUCAGCCUAUCGGACCUGACCCUGGUUCUGGACAACGAGCUGCUGCUGAGCGCCAACUCUGUCCACCAGGCGGCGCUCAUCUCCUACAGGACCGAGAUCCAACAUCUGCAGGAGGCAUUGGAGCAGGCCAGCAGAGAGCGGGACAAGCUGAGGUCCGAUCUGGACCGGGCCGACCAGCAGAACCUGCAGCUUGUUCGGGAGGCGGACGACCGGCACGCCAGCAUGGAGGCGCUCAACCAGAACCGGAUCAGGGAUCUGGAGUCGGACUUCAGGCGCCGAGCUGCGGCGCUGCGGCUGCAGGCGGAGCAGGAGAACGAGGUGCUGCUGCAGCAGGGCGAGCGAGAGCGCAGCGCGCUGCGGCAGGAGCUGCAGCUGCUGCGGGGGAAGGAGGCGGAGCUUCAGGAGGAGCUGGAUGCCGCCGCACAGGAGAAGCUCCGCCUGCAGCAAGAGCUCAGCGCCUUGCAGUCCGCGCUGAGGGAAGCAGAUGGUUCUGUUCAGAGGCUGCAGACGGAUCUGGACCAGCUGCUGCUACACAAGCUCGGUGGUUUGGACCCGGCCGGCGCCGGUCUGAGCCAUGAGGAACGGUUCUGUGAGCUGCUCAGAGAGUCCCAGCGCCAGUGCAGGGAGCUGCAGGACAGAAACGACGAGCUGCUGGAGGCCCAGAGGAGCUGCAGGAGGUCCUCCAGGCCAUCAGGGGGCGCCGGCAGCCAGUGCGACGCAGCAGGCGACUCGGACAUGAGGAGCAUCCAGUCGGAGCUGGCGCUGCAGCAGCUCAAGGAGAGCCACCAGGAGGCGCUGCAGCAGCUGCACAUCCAGCUGGAGACGCAGAUGAACUACUACGAGCGACAGCUGGACAUGAUGAAGCAGAAUAUGGAGGUGGAGAGGAAGGACAUCUGCCAGGCCUUCAAGGUGGAGAUCAGUGAGCUGGAGGAGCAGAAGGUCCAGGUGGAGCAGCAGCUGAAGGAGGCGCUGACUCGCCUCCAGAACCAGCAGGGGGCUGGGCUUACCGCCGAGGAGCAGCGCAGGGCGCAGCGAGAGCGGGCCGAGCUGGAGCAGAACUACGCCAGAGAGAUCGGCAACCUGGUGCAGAAGCUGAGCGCCGAGAAGGAGCAGCUGGAGGCGGAGCUUAAGCUGCACACACAGCAGGAAGUGAUGCGCGUCAGGGAGGAGGAGGCGGCCCCACGGUUCGGCCAAUCACAGGCCAGCCUGGAGGGGGCGGAGCCAGUGGAGCCACAGGAAGUUCUGCUCCUCAGAAAUGGGUCGGACUCCCUAGACCGGAUCAGGAGCGUUGAGACGGCGCUGCAGGAAGUGCUGCAGGAAGAGCAGAACCGGACCUCACUGCUGCAGGAGGAGGUAACCCGGUUGGGCCAGGAGAACAGAACCUACAUGGUUCUGGUGGACCAGCUGUCCUCCCAGAUCGUGGAAAUGGAGGAGGAGCUGUGCUCCCUCAGCGCCCCCUCCAGAACCUCGGAGCGGAUCGACUUGCUGCAACGGGCCCUGCUGGACUCCCAGAACCAGCUGAGCAGAACCCAACAGAACUUUGAGACGGAGAAGAGGAGGCUGACCCGGCAGCUGGUGGAGCUGGAGGACCUGGUUCUGGAGCUGGAGGUCCGGACCGACUGGGAGGACCAGGCCGACCGGACCGGACCUCACAGGGCCCAGCUGGAGGCGGUCCGGUCGGAGAAUGCGGCUCUGCAGGAGAGGCUGAAGGUUCUGCAGCAGACAGUCCAGAACCUGGAGGAUGAGUCUGAGAAGAGGAGGAGGAGGCAGCAGGAGGUGGAGGAGGAGCGGGAGACAAGCAGAGAGGAGGAGGAGCAGCUCCACAGAGAGAACUCCCGGUACCGUGAGGAGGUUCUGGACCUGAGUGGCAGGAACCUGCAGCUCAGCAGCGACAACGGCAACCUUAGCUACCGUCUCCAUAGCGAGCAGGAGAUGGUCCGGAUGCUGCAGGAAUGCCUAGCAACCGUUACCAAGGAACAGGAAGAGGAGGGGGCUGCUGUGAGGCGGCUGGAGGCGGAGCUUAGCAAUGUGAAGGCGGAGCUUAGCAGGAUGAGGGCGGAGCUUCAGAUGGUGGCGGGGGAGAGGGAGGAGCUGCAGAAAGACCGGGAGCAGCAGAAACGCUACGCGCAGCAGCAGGCGCAGCAGCAGGCGCAGCAGCGUGUCGCCGCCCUGCAGGCGGAGGCCAAGCUGCUGGCCGCCACGCAGGAGAAGCUGGGCCACGCCCAGGAAGUGUCGGAGCUCCACAGGAAGCUGAGGGAGGCGCUCAGUAAGGUGGAGGAGCAGCAGGCAGAGGCCCAGAGGUUGAUGGAGGAGAAGGCGGAGCUCCAGCAGAACCUGCAGACCCACAGACUGACGGUCCAGAACCAGGAGCUGCAGCAGCAGAACCUGAACCAGGAGCAGCAGAACCUGAAGUCCAGAUUGGACCAGGCGGAGACGGCGCGGACACAGGCAGAGGAGCAGGCGCAGCGGGCGGAUGUGGCGCUAGGCGUGGCCAAGGCGCAGCAGCUGCGGCGGCUGCAGCAGCUGCAGGAGCAUGCGGGCGGCAGGCAGCAGCUGGAGCAGCUGCAGGCGGAGCUGCGGGCGGAGCGGGGGCGGAGCCAGCAGCGACAGGCGCAGCUGGAGCUGCAGCUGCAGCAGAGCAGAUCCCAGGCCAGCCUGAAGCAGGAACAGUUCAAUAGAGCGGAGGCGGCGCUGCAGCAGCGGGCCGCCGGCCUGGAGGCGCAGCUGCAGGCGCUGCGCAGCGUGCUGCAGGACAACGUGCAGCAGCUGAAGGAGCAGAUGGAGCGGAGCAACAAGACCAGCAGUGCACUGAAGGAGCUGCACCUGCAGAAUGUGCAGCUGCUGGCAGCGCUGCAGGUCACAGAGCUGCGGCAGAAACAGGCAGAGAAGAAGAACGACCAGCUGGAGGACAAGGUCACAGCGUUGGGGGCGCUGCUGAGGGAGGUGGUGGCCGCCGCCGUGACCUCCAGCUGACCUCUAGCUGGGAGCCGAUGACCUUCAGCAAGGAGGCAUCCAAUCAGAGCUGAGGAUCGUCCAAUCAGAGCUCACCUCCUGGCGUUUUUAGCUGCUCUGGUUCCAUUCAGACAUUUGAAGCUGAUUUUUCUCUAAAUGGAGGUUUUUUUUUUUUAUUUGUUUUUUUUUUCUUCAGA